UUCCUCACUGGCGGCAUCAGACCACCGGCGUGCCCCACCACGUCAGACGCGGCAGUGGACACCAGCUCUGAGAUCACCACCAAGGACUUGAAGGAGAAGGAAGUUGUGGAGAAGGCAGAGAAUAGAAGAGAUGCACCUGCCAAUGGGAACGCUCAAAAUGAGGAAAAUGGGGAGCAGGAGGCUGGCAAUGAGGUAGCUGAAGAACAGGAAGAAGGUGUCGAGGAAGAGGAGGAAGAGGAAGAUGGUGAUGGUGAGGAAGAGGAUGGAGAUGACGAUGAGGAGGAUGACGAUGUGGACAGCAAGCAGGGGAAGGCCGAGGAGGAUGACUAGACCGCAAAAGGAAAAGUAACCUUACGCACCGCACCGUGACCUAGUCACCCUCCACUUCCCGUCUCAGAAUUUAAACGCGGUCACCUUCAAAAGGUUUUAUCUAGCUUUUCAGUUUUCAUGUGUUAAACGGGUAGAUCAAUCAGUUACAGGAAAAAUGUUGAUGGCCCCCAUAGCCAAUCAACUUUUAAAACUACAAAUCUGACUAAACAAUAUUCACUCCUCUGCUAAAACUUCUGUGCCAGUGUUCUCUACCUUUAGGAUAGUUUCUUCCAAAAUUGGUGAAGUGACUUGAAAAGUAACUGAUGAUCUACCUAUCUAGCUACAUACCUACACCCACACCCACCACACACGCACUCAUAUGGGGACCAGAAAUUACCUUCAGGGGUCAUUCACCAAGUGCCAUUCUUUUUUUUUUUUAAGAAGUGGCCUCUCUUGGGUUGGAACUCUCUGUACGGGCUAAUCUGCUUGUCAUGAAGCCCCAAGGAUCCCUCUCUGCUUCUCCACUGCUGACAUUGCAACCCCAUAUAACCACAGCCUGAGGAUCGAAUUCAGGUCCUCAUGAUUUCAUGACACGCAUUCUACUGACUGAGCAAUCUCCCCAGCACUAAUAUAACUUUUUUAAAAAAAUGCAAAGCCUUUUAGGAUAUAGACGUUUGCAGAUAUAAGAAUAACAACAGCUUUUUCCUUGCUGAAAUUAACUCCCAUAUUACUUUACAUUUUGGAUUAUCUGACUCUUCUAUGCAUACUCAUAUUGUUAGAUGAUGGAAAGAAGACCAUAAUUGAUUGGUUAAAUUUAUAACUAUAGUAAUCAUUUCUUACUUUUCUGCAUUGUAAACAACUAAAAAUAGGCUGCCAAAGCUAAGGGCAACAAAGAUUUAACUGUAUGUAAUGUAAAAACAGAAGCUAGUAAAACACUUAUUGAAAUUUAUUUCUUGGGGCGAGGGGGGAAACAACAAACAUAUUUCUUGAGACUACAAUGGAAAAAUUUCUUACAGAUGAAGGAAAAUAUCACUUUAUAUACCUCAAAACAAUGGUCUUCUACCUAUUUAAGGAGCUAAAAGCAAAAGAAUAAUGGGGACUUUAUCUUUAAAGUUCAGUACACUACCUAUUAUGCAUAUUUUAUAUUCAAAUAUGUACAUGUGAAUUUACCCCCCCCCAAAGUGGUCAUUCUGAGAUUUAAAAAAAUAAUAAUCUCAUAGUUUAAAAACUUUAAGGCUAGGGAGCCAGGUCAGUGGGAAGAGCUCUUGCUAGACAACUGUUAAGGACCACAGUUCAGAGCCUCAGCAGCCAUGUAAAGUGCUGGGUGGGUGAGGCAAUCUGCUUACCAUGCCAGCACUUGGGAGGACAUAGGGAAUCCCUGUUUAUGCUGGCUAACUAGAAUAGCUGAAUCACCAAGCUCCAGACUCAAUGAGAGACCCUGUCUCAAAUAUGAGGUGGAGAGUGUCAGAACAGACACAAACCCACCACCUCUGGCCUCUGUACUCACAAGAACACAAAAGCACAGAAACACCUGCACCCAUGUGAACACGGACCCACAGACAGUUUCCAUUAAUAAAAGUACCUUUAGUUUUAUCCACACCUCAGCACAAUAAUUCCAAACCACUUGAUACACUGCCUCACAUGAAUUAGCCAACUUUCUUAGUCAAUGCAGCAACAGUAACUGCUGCUACUAUUUUACAUUGUACCAAACGCUUGCCAAACAUCACACUGCUUGAUGAACAUAACUGUUGUGGCUGGUGAGGAGGCUCAGUGGGUAAAGUACUUGCCACUGAACCUGAUGGCCUCAGUUUAUUCCUCAGAACCCACAUGGCAGAGGGAGAAAAGUGACUUCCACAAGCUCUCCUGUCCUCUACUCACAUGCUGUGGUGUGCGCUCUGCCCUCCCUACCCACCCGCCGGUGUAAUGUGGUAAAUAACAGCUUUUAAAUCUUCAUAAGCACCCUAGGAAACAGCUCUCACGGCACUCAUUUUCUGAUGAAGUCUCUGAAACAGAGUGAGAGAACAACCUGUCCAAGGAAGCACAGCUCCAAGGUCGGAGAGCCAGCACUGAUGCAGAAUCCACGGCUUUUAAACAUUACAGCGCUGCCUAACAACACUGCCAAAACCAAUCCAAAAUAUCUCUGAGAUUUCAAUACAGUAAUCAUUUUCACAGCCUAUCUUUUCCCAAGCUUUAUCUACUAUAAAAUAUAAGUUGUAAUUAAGCUCAAGAUUAGAUUUAAAAACUCAUAACCAAAAAAUUGUUACUGUAUAUAUAGUAAACAGCCCCUGUGAAGUUUUAGUCUUCAGAUAAUGAUCAUGAGCAUAUGCAUAUAUGUACACAAAAAAUACCCUCAUAUACAUUACAUAUGUUUAAUACAGACUGAUUCUUCCAGAGAACUUUGGAUUUUGUAGCUAAAACAGGCUCUUACCUGUAGAAGUUCUGGUAGUUAGUUUCUGGACAAAAUGUCCUAACUUCUAACAAAUGAUAUAUUUCCUUUAAUUCUACUGUGUACCACUAUUAUGACUGCCAAUGGUUUAUCACCCAAGAUAAUUUGUUAAGAACAUUCCCAAAACUCAAAAACUUCCUAGGUUUCAUAAUGUUUUCCAACUCAAUAGUUUAGCUCUAUUUUAAAAAUUGUUUACCUUUAU